CUGGUGGAACCGAGUGGAUGGAAUGCCUGUAGUUGCCGUAUUCAUCACUCUUCCGCUUCUUCUCGUUUCUGAACCUCUUCAAUGGGGGGAUUCUAGGGUUUUCACUCGGUUUCGGUAUUCUCUUUGCAUUUUACAUGCGGCGGCGUUUUUGUUAACAGUAGCUUUUCCUUUUUCACUCUUCGUUCUUGUGCUUUCUUUUGCAUUCUUUUGCUUCUUCCCUGGUAUAUUGGCUGGUGCUAUUUGUAUAUUGCUGUGCAUUAUAUGGUUUUUUCUUCUUUUUUUUGUUGGGAAGAUAGAGUAGUUUUUUUCGAUAUGGAGAAGAUUGUUUCGGAUAUGAAAGUUGCGGAGUGGAAGCGGAGUAGCCUGUACAAAGCGCACGAACGGUUACAUAUGGAGGCUUCUUCAUUUUUGCUUCUUAGUCUUCAGUGGAAGGACUUGGAGAUGCACUUUGAUUCGACUCGUGAUAUGAUUCAGACGGAGUACGAGGAGCUUGAACGGCGGGAGAAGACGAUUAAGUUGAAGGAAGAGCGGUUGGAGGAUGUGCAGAAAUCUAUUGAUGCAUGCUCGAAAGAGAUUGAGUUGAAGAAGAAUGAAUUGUUCGAGUUGAAUCGUUUGAUUGUGAAGUGUGAUGAUGCGAUUAGAUUGAAGGAGUCGGAGCUGGAUUUAGAACAAGAGAGACUGGGAGAUUUGUCGAAGGAUAUUGAAUUGAAAGAAGACACGGUCAAUAAAGUAUGCAUGAGAAUAUUGAAUGUUAAUAAGGAGUUUGACGAUAAGGAGAAGGCUUUUGAUAUGAUUCAAAAGAGGAUUGACGAUUGUGAGUAUGUGAUGGAAUUAAAAGAACAAAAAUUAAAUGGAAUACUACAGUUAAUCGAAGAGCGAUCAAUGGAAUGUGAUUUGAAGGGAAAUAGUGUAGAAUUGAUUAAAGCAUUGCUUAAAGAACAUGAAAAAGAGCUUGCAACCAAGAAGAAACAAUAUGAUGCAAUUCAGAUGGCAAUUAAAGAGAGCGAUGUAGAACUCAAACUUAAAGAAAAGGAGCUUCAGACAAUUCAAAAUAUGGUUGCCACGAAGUGGAAAGAGAAGAGAUUAGACAAGAUGGAAAAGGCUAUAAAAUUGAGGACUGAAGAGCUUGAAAUUAAGGAGAAGGAGUUUGGUGUAAUGAAGAGCAAGUUGAAGUCUCUUUCUGAAGAGUUAUUAUCAAAGGAAUCAGAAUUAGAAUCCAUCAAAACGUGUAUCAAGGAGCAUAGUAAAGAACUUGAUGUGCAGGAAAAGCAGCUUGACAGCACCCAACAAUCUAUUCAAGAUUGUCAAAAUGCUGUUAUACUGCUUACAAAUUAUGCUAGUGCAAUAGUUAAGGAAAUUAUCCAAUGCUCGAAGGAAUGGGAGUUGAAGGACAAUCAUCUUGAUCCACUCCAAGACUCCAUGGAUGACUACUCGGACGAGUUUCCUCCUGUGAUGAAAGAACACGAUUCCAUUUCUUUGAUAGUGGAUAAAUGCCUUGAAGGCAUAAAAGCUCAAAAAGCGCAUUUCAAUUUGUUGAGGAAAUCAAUAGAAGAGCGCUCAAAGAAUCUUAAGAAUGAAGAAAAUAAUUUUGAAAAACGAUUAGAGGAGCUCAACAAGAAAGAUGAGAAAGUGAGCACGUACCUAAAAGAGAUUGAAUAUUUAAAAGCAGACUUGGCUUCCCAGGUAGCACUGCUGGACAAAGGCGGUGAAGGUCGAUUAAAAGAAAUACAACACAAGGGCCUGGGUGAGGAACUUGAUUCAAAAGAAAAAGAUAUCAGUCUAGUCAGAGAUUUGAUGGAAACAUGUAAUGAGAAGGUAAGAUCGGUAAAAAAGGAGGAAUCAGGCUGCAUACCAGCUGCAAGUUCUAAUACGUUGAAUUUUCAUACCGGGUCGGCAUUGGAUGGAACGCUUCUGUUAGUUCUCUUAUGUGAACAUCUGAAACUACAUGAUUUGGUACGCACAGAACUGAUUAUUACUCUAAAAACAUCCUCUGAUCCAGCUACGUUAGUUCUAGAUGCUCUGCGAUGGUUCUACCCUUCACAUACGGUGUCGGAAGAUGCAAAAAUCGAUUUGCAUAAUGCCAAGAGGGGAUGCAUUUUUCUGUCUGAACUACUAUUGAAAUUCUCACCACAAAUCACGGCUCCACUGAAAGAAGAAGCUCUAAAGCUGGCUGGCCAGUGGAAGGCUAAGAUGUCAAUGGCAGUUGAGAAUCAUGUGGAAGUGGUGGCAUUCUUGCUACUUGUGGCUAAUUUUCAGUUGGCCUCAGAUUUUGAUGCAGCUGAACUACAGAUUCUUCUGAAUUCUGUUUCACAAUAUAAACAAGCACUUGAGCUAGCCCGAGCACUUGGUAUUGGAGAUAAAUCUUCUGAGGGCAGAGCAACUCCUAGCUCAGCUAAACCGGAGCAACCAGAAUCUUUGCCAGCCAAGGAAGUGGAGUUGUCUUCCUUAAAAAAUGAGCAGCUCAGCAUGGAUCCAAAUGAGGAGAGAUUAUAUUUACUUCUAAACAAUCAGUUGACUAGACAAAAAUUGGUGCCAAGUGCAAUCUUAUUAUUUCUUGAAAAGUCAUCAGACCCUGCAAAACUUGUCUUGGAUCUGAUUAAAGGUUAUGUUCACCAACAGUUGAAUAAAGAACAGAUGGGCUUUGAAGAAAGUUUCUUGAGGUGGUCCACACUUCUUUUAAAGCAACUAAAGAAAAUCUCACCAAGUAUUGGUCCAAAGGAAAGAGAAGAUGCAAUGAAGCUUGCAAUUGACUUGAAAUUGAACAUGAGAAAUGAUACAAAUGGUUCUAUGGAUGCUGUUGUCUUCUUGCUACUCAUAGUGUCGUAUGGAUUGACGACUUCAUUCAGCAGGGAUGAGAUUUUGAAGCUCUUUGAGAACGUAGUGCUUCAUGAACAGGCAUCAGAAUUGUGUCUGAUGUUCGGGUAUAAUCAAAAGAUACAAGAGCUUGUACAAAAUCUUAUUGGAACAAAGCAGUUUGUUAGGGCCGUCAGGUUUAUAUGUGGAUACAAGUUGGCAUCAUUUCGACCUGUACAGAUCCUGAACGAAUAUUUGCGAGAUGCAAGGAAUGCCACUGUAAAAGCCAUCAAUCAAGACAAUACAGGUCAGGAAGAUGUCCGUGCUGCCAUGGUUGAAGCCAUAGACAAGGAGAUAGAUGCUGUGAAUUCAGUAGUUACAUGCGUUGCAGAUUGUAACCUUGGUUCUGAAAUCUCCUCUCAAGGGCUUGAAAGCCUUGUUGUUUCACUUAAAGAUAUGAAAAGGUUGAUAUGCAACAGCCAUGGUCAACCAAUAAGUUUGACCGAUCAACAGCCACAUUCCAUCAUUGCUCAGCCACAAUCACCACCUCGGGCCAAUUACGAAGUCCAACGUACAUAUCUGACCAAGGGCGAAAUGAAACAGCAGCUGAAUUGGGAUAAGUCUGAAGCGCAAAAACUGUGCUCAAACCAUGAAGCCUGGCAGCACCAUUCUCCUCCAACCCAUCAACCCCAUCAGCAACAUUCUCCUCCAACCCAUCAACCCCAUCAGCAACAUUCUCCUCCAACCCAUCAACCCCAUCAGCAGCAACAUCCAUCCAAUAAUGCCACACUGCAACAACUGCGGAAGAAACGGAAGAGUAUUCAGUAUAAAAAUCGUUCAAUGAAGUACCCUCGAAAGCGUCCAUCAACUGGACCUGUGUUUACAAGUUCAUCUCCUAGAGUACAUGAUAAAAAAUCCAAGUUUCAGCGGUACAAUUCAAGAUUUUCUGCAAUGCCCAGGCUAUUUGGUCUCCAUGAGGGUGGUCGCGCUACUGAACUUGGAAAUCGUACUACGUCCCCAACCAGGUCUAGACCAUAACCUAUGUCGAGGUAUGCUUUUCAACUAAUCUAAUAUUAUUGUUUUGGUAGUUAGUUCUAUUGUAAAUACUUUUAGGAGUAGUGAGUAGAUUUUGUGUCAUGGCUGGCACUAUUAUAGUUGCCUUCGUUCUGGAAGGUGUUCAACUUGCAAAAAUGUGCUGGCAUGACGUGAAAAUGUUAGUUUUGUAGAUUUUUGCGUGGUUGACCUAGAUAGAAACAUCAAUGUUGAUAUCCAACCCCCAAAUUUAUAGAUAUAUUGAUGUAUAUUUGAAUAUCA